UCUGUCAAUAUGUCUGUUCUAAUGAAUAAUAUAAUGGUAGCAUUGGAGCAAGGAAUAGUGGGCGAUUGGCGAUCGUCCACAGAAAAGGUGUGUAAGGCAAUGAAGGGGAACUCUGAUUGAGUUACUGACCUACCCCAAACAUUUCGGAUACUGUAACAUAAUCAAUAUUUUUAUCUGCAAUGUUUGUUGCGAGCGUGACGAAAUCAAAAUGACCAGCGAUGUUUGAAUUGAUGCUAGCGGGAUCUGUCCGCGCUUCCAAGGUUUCCCCGUUGCUAAAAUGUGGUCCGUGCGUCGCGAGCUUCCAAACGCAAUCACCUAGAUCACCUAGCUCUCUUUGUCUUGUCUUCACUCUUCCUCAAAGGUGCGCGCAACCAGCACCGGCGUCCUCAACCAUCUCCAGCGCCAAAUGCGCUCCCUGCUCGGAUAAGGAACCUUUUCAUUCCUCAUUGACGUCCUCCCCUGCCAUCUCAUUACCAUCACUGCGACACGCGCGCAUGAGUACGACGACGAACUUGAUCACAAUGUCGACAUCGACAGGAAAUCGCGGCUUCCGCGGCGGUGCUGAUCGAGGUAUUCGAGGUGGCCGCGUCAAUCCUUUUCGCGGUGGUGGAGUCGCGCGCGGUCGAGGCAACGGGUCAGACGCGGUCAUGCGAGACACAACACCAGAUGCCCCACGAGGUGGCCGCGGGGGAUUUAAUGCGCGUGGUCGAGGAAACGGUACAAAUGCAUUCAUACGGGAUACAGCGCCAGACGCUCCCCGUGGAGGCCGCGGUGGUCGCGGAGGUUUCAACCCGCGCGGUGACAAACCUCUUUAUCGAGGCCGAGGACAUCACCAGGGAAGCAAUUCCAAGUUCGCCGCCGGCUCUAGUUCUGCUUCUGUUUCCAACGGCUCUAUGAACUCUACACCUUAUCCCGACCACGACUAUGCGAAGCGCCUGGAAUUUUUGCGCAACGAUCGCCCACGCCUACGAGAAGAAUUAGUUUCACGUCGACUCAUGAAUCCAGAUGGUCCAAUGAACCUUGCGGAUAGCGUGGUGCUCCACGGUAUUUGUGAAGAUAUGUGCCCCGAAUACGAGCGAGUCCGUCGCAUUGUCGAGAACGAUUACAAGGCUGCCGAAUGUACGCCUGAAACCGCACAUGGGCCUCGUCUUGAGCGGGUGCCGGACGAGACACGCAUGGUGAAGGCUUUUACACGAUCUGCAGCUGGGCAGGAAGAAGAAUUGGUUUCUGAUAAGCGAACGCCUGCGACAUGCCUAAAAACUCUCGACUACAUGUUCCGAAGGAUUGAUGAAGAUGGCUUGGACUUCCUCUACCAGUGGCUGUGGGACAGAACGAGAAGCGUACGGAAGGACAUGGUUGGAACUAUAAAGCCCAAAGAUAUCACCGCGUAUCUAACCUCGGUCGAACAAUGCGCUCGCUUUCAUCUAGUCAGCCUCCACGAAAUGGCCGGCAGCAGUUCCGCCAACUACGACCACAGUACAGAUCAUGGUAACGAUGUUGAGCAACUUCGGAAUUGCUUCACUUCUUUGAGACACCGAUACGACGACAAUGAGAAAACAGGGAUCCGCAAUGCCCACCAAGCCGAGUUUGCCGCAUAUGAUUUAAUACUGUCAUUGGUAUCUCGAGGCAAUAACACACAGUUGGAGGAUAAUCCAGAGAGAUCCAAGGAUAAGUUCUCUCACAAUAGGCGGGUUCGGGCAGCCUAUGUGAUCCGACAAGCAGGCCUGGCAGUCAUGUCCAAAGUGGCUGAAUCUUUCCCCACGAAGAAGCAAAACUGGGCCAACUUUUGGCAAGCUGUCAACGAAGAGGAUGUGUCUUUUCUUAUGGCUUGCGCGGCUGAGAUAUCUUUCAACCAAAUACGGUAUCAUGUCAUGGAAACCCUUCGGCUAGCAUACAAGCCCAAAAAGUCUGGGAAGCCUGGACCGGUUAACGACUGGACACCGGAAAAUCUCAUGCAUGCCCUCGGGUUCGACGACCACGACCAAGUGAAGGAAUUCUGCGGGCAUUAUGGACUAGGGUUCGUCGUCGGCGACCAGGGUGUGGAAGUUCUAGAUGUGCAAUCAAUGCCACCUGGCAGACUCGAAAAGCCUCCGGAGUUGCGGCCACAACACUUCUCUAGAGAUAUUGUAGAGCCAAAGCGACUCGGACGCAGCUUUUUGAAUGUCAUUCAAACAAACUUGAAGGAAAACGACCUCGAGCAGGAAGAUUCGUUGUUCGUGACCGAGCCGUCGAUAAGUCGAACCCUGAAUCCGAAUGCUACCGCCUUCAAACCACCAGAGGUUUCUCCUUUCUCGUAUAUGACCAGUGCCGCACCAAAAUCAACUCUUUUCACGAAUCCCACACAACCCAACGGGAUCAAUCCGACAACCCCUGCAAUCAAACCUGGUAUCUUUGAUGCGUCAAAGAACUCCAUUCAAUUUGCAGAUAAUCCAUUCGCCAAGCCUGCAGCAGCUCCGGGUCCGGCCAGUGCCCCAGCCUCGGCUCCUUCUAGUUUAUUCCCAAACAACCCGAUGUUUCCUUCGUCUUCCCCGGCGCCAACAACCCCCGGCCUUUUUACAAAACCGUUUGCCCCCAAUACUACGCAAGCCCCUCUACAGAAAGAGCCUUCCCAGGGCUUUUCUUUCCUGCCUUCUCCCCAGCCAGUGGAGUCAAUACGAGACGAGGAACGCGAAAAAGCUGAAGAACAGAAGCGUAAAGCUGAAGAGCAAAAGCGUAUUGAAGAAGAGAAGAUACGCAUACAAGAAGAGAAUGAUCGAAAAGCACGAGCAGCUGAAGAACAACGCCGUUUGCAGCAAGAACAAGAACGCCAACGUGUACUUCGAGAAGAACAGGAACGCCAACGUCUCAUACAAGAAGAAGCUCAACGUCAAGCACUAGCGGAACGUCAGCGCCAAUGGGAAGCUGAGCAGCUCCGCCGCACCAAGGAGGAGGCGGAACGGUAUGAGAAGGAAGAAAAAGCCCGUGCAUAUAGCACCCUUAGCAAUAGUCUACUCAUGGAUGAAGAUGAAGGACUGAUGAGACAAUUCAUCGACCACAAGCUCCAGUUUAUGGUCAAAGAGAUCGCGCAGGAAUUGGAAGAGCAGAGGUUGGAGCGCGUGGCGGAGGAGAGAUACCAACAGAAGCGUAUGAUAUUCACGCGGGCGGUAUGUGCGCGAUGGUGGGAGCAAGUACAGAGGAAGAAAAAGAGGGCGGGAGCGAGGCACAGACGUGAAAAACUCAAAGCUUUGCGGGCUGGUGCUGUUAAGGAGAAUCUUGCUCUUGGGCAGCAGCCUGUUAUCCAAACCAACGGCACUCCCGAUGCCUUUAGAAAACCCGAUACGCCAGCAAGUGCUCAACGUCCAAAUCAGUCAGCGUUCGACCAAACCACCACUUCGCAAAAUAACAAACAGUCCACGCAGAAAGAGAAAACAGCAGAGAAACAGGGAACCAAGGAUACACAAAGUCCUACGAAUGUCAUAAGCCAGCCUCUAGAUACUGCCAGCCACGACUAUUCGGAUGCGUACUACAACUCGACUGCGCCCAUUGACAGAACAGAGACUGACUGGUUCAAGCUACGGGCCAUGGGCGUGGAUCCUAGCGAACAUCGCAAGCGCAACUACGGAUCCAUGUCCUCCGAUGACGAAGAUGCCGAAGCGGACGCUAAACGAGCCCGCCGCUCGACCUCAUCAACCUUCCGUCGCUCACUACCCCCACCAACCACAGACGAAGAGCGAUUCGCUCGCUUCCGCGCAGUCCGAGAUGCUUACAAUAGAGGCAGCGCGACUCCACAGUCUACCGGGAGAAAUCGGUCCGUUAGUGUCAUCAGUCAGGCUCGCGACCUCCUCUUUGGAUCGCCCGUGGCGCAGCACUCCCAUCAAACCGAUUCAGAAGCUCGUCGCAGUGCGUCCGCUUCAGGCUUUGCAAACCCACCUCAGUUGUCUAUGUUUGGUCGUAGCAUCGGCGCCGCUGUGCCUGGUCAAGCCGCUGCUUACAAAAGCCGUCCAAGCCGGUUCGUGCCCGCGCAUCUAUACGGAAAAGGUGGAGAAGCAGCCCGUGCCUAUCGCGAAGAAUCUCGCAACCGGUUGUCGACCGGUUCAUCAACCGAAGUUUUUAAUCCAGUUAACCAGUCCCCUUCACAGUUCCCCAAGGCCUCAACCGAAAUCCCGUUCCAUGCUGUGAACGGACAAAAUGGUGAAGUCCAGGCGGAGGCUUAUGAAGACGAGGAUGAUCUCAUUGUGUACAGUACCUCUGAUGGCGAGGAGGGAGGUGAAGAUGCGACUCCAUCACAUAUCGUUCACGGCCAGCAACAGGCUAUAUACGACGAAGAGGGAUACGAAGCGGAGGAGACGGAUGAAGAGCUGGACGACGAGCUGGACGAAGAGUAUGCGAACGAUGAUUGGGACGCAUACGAUCAAAACGAGGAGGACUACGAAGAGGACGAGGAGGAAGAAGACUACGACGAGAGCUUCGCACAGAACGCUCAAAUGCCCGGUGCCUCCCAAGCUGACGCUAUUGAACUAUCCGACUCUGAUUAGGGGCAAGCCCCUGUGCUAGUCGAACUCGAGUCCCCAACAAUGCACACCCGUCUAACAUCUUUGAGAUGAGCUGCUCACAUACACACCAUAUCACCGAGGAGAUUAAGAAUAUGUGGUUGUAACCACAUAGCACGUCUCUUCUUUCGCAUCAUCUCCCUCUCUUCUUCACAGGCCUUUGGGGACGGGGCCUUUUAUUAUGGUGUUCCUUCUUUCCUAUUCAAAAGCAUAGCGAUGGCGCAUAUUUUUUUGGGAAUCAUACGCACAUACAUACGGAACAGCAUGGUUAUAUCAUUGGGCGGGGAAUAUGUCUAUCUGUAUCCUGUCACAAGGAAAGGGAAACGGGUGAACGGUGGUGGACGGAAGAAAAUGAGAAGGGCGGAAAUGGAUGAGGAUUCGCUCAUGUACGAUAUAUUUAUAUGAUACCCGAUUUCAUUUCCUUGUUGUUCUUCCCUUCUGGGGCGAGACGUUGGAAUGAAACCAUGUUCUGUUAGACUAUUGUGCGACCUUCGCUGCGUGCGCGUUACAGUGUGAUCGAUUCUCGAACCAACGGCCUCCCCAAAACAUGUACCGCAAUAAAGUCGGCUGUCUUUGCCACUUAUUCCCAAGUUCUAUACCUCGCGCGGUAACAUGACGAUGCGCUACGCCAUGCAUUGACAAAAGAAAAUUCACAUCGUCAUCACACAUCAGGAUUAUAUGCACCUUCCGACAAUCCCUCAUCCCUCUUUCUCUCUUAACCGCGCGGGUUCCCAAAUACCAAUGCCACCCUUGCAGCCCUCGUAUUCAGCUCCUCCUCCCGAGUUCCCCGCCCCAGGAUCCCCGGCACGCCAAUUCAAGGUAGCGACUAGGAUCUCACAUCC